AUGGAUGACAGUUCCUCUCUGUACAAAGUCAGCAGUUCCACAGAGUCUGUGGCCACAGUCACCAGUGAAGAGUUUGUUCUGGUACAACCUAGCUCUACUGGGUCACCUCAAAGCUCCGAGGGAAAACCAAAGCUCAAGAUGACUUGGAAUGGUAGUGAGCAGCUGGAGAAAGCCAUGGAGGAGGUGCUGGAUGAUGAUGAUGACGACGCUAAGGUGGAGAAAAGUAGCGUGGAAAAGAUGGAGAAGCACAGCAACACAGAAGUCCAAGUCCUGGAGUUCCAACCGUCAGAACUAUCAUCACCCUACCCAGUACCAGCCAGCCCCACAAGCCAAGAGGAGGACAGUGUCCAGUUCAACAAGCUGUCCUAUCUGGGUUGUACUUGGGUCAAAGCUCCUCGUAAUGAACCCGAAGCACAAAGGGCAAUGGCAACCUUGCGGGCUGAGAGUGCCAUCCCCAUCCCCAUCACACUACAUGUACCCUGUGGACCAGAAGGCUCUGUGAGGGUUGUGGACCAAGCAUCUGGAACAGAGAUUUGUUCCUUCCCCAUUUACAAGGUCUUGUUUUGUGCUCGUGGACGUGAGGGUUCUGUGGAAAGCGACUGCUUUUGCUUCACGGAGAGUUAUCGCAGUUCUGAAGACUUUCAAAUUCACGUUUUCUCCUGCCACAUCAAGGAGGCGGUCAGUAGAAUCUUGUACAGUUUCUCUACAGCCUUUCGGCGCUCUUCACGGCCAGCCGAAAUCAGAGACACACCGCUCUUGAGUCCUCUUGAUAGUAAUCUUUUUAUUUUUACUGUCACUCUGGAGAUUAAGGAAGAUGAUGGCAAGGGAAACUUCAGUCCAGUCCCCAAGGACAGAGACAAAUUGUACUUCAAGCUGCGACAAAGUACUCAGAAGAAAGUUGUAAUUACAGUUCAACAGAUUAGCAAUAAAGAGCUCAUCAUUGAGAGGUGUUUCGGCAUGCUUCUAAGCCCAGGUCAGAAGGUUUGCAAUAGUGACAUGCAUCUUCUUGACAUGGAGUCAAUGGGGAAAAGUUCUGAUGGAAAGGCAUAUGUGAUCACAGGAACAUGGAACCCCAAUUUACCAGCCUUCCAACCUCUUAAUGAAGAAACGCCCAAAGAUAAGCAAGUCUUCAUGACAGUUGCAGUGGACCUGGUCGUCACUGAAGUGGUAGAGCCAGUUAGGUUCCUGCUUGAAACUUUGGUCAGAGUUUAUCAGUCAAAUGAACGUUUCUGGUACUUCAGCCGCAAGACCUUCAGCGAGACUUUCUACCUCAAACUUGGACAGCAUACACAAGAGAGGACAGGUCAAAGUGAUGCUGUGUAUGAGGUGGUGAGUCUUCAGAGGGAGGCAGAGAGAAGUAAUGAAGGGAAAGGACAACUGGCCUCACCCACUGAAGAGGAGGAGGUCGAUGAUGAUAGUGACAGUGAAAUCUCCAGCGGGACGGGAGAUGUUUCAAAAGAUUGUCCUGAGAAAAUUCUGGAAUUGUGGGGAGCAAUCCUCAACAGAUGGCAUGGGAACCUGUCCAGUCGUCCAAAAGGUUUGCACCCACUGGUCCGUAGUGGCAUUCCAGAGCCAUUGAGAGCUGAGGUAUGGCAGCUGCUGGCCGGUUGCCACGACAACCAUGACCUGCUUGAACACUACCGCAUCCUCAUCACCAAGGAUUCUGCUCAGGAGGGUGUAAUCACUCGAGACAUCCACCGUACCUUCCCUGCACACGACUACUUCAAGGACUCUGAUGGAGAUGGACAGGAUUCACUCUACAAGAUCUGCAAGGCUUAUGCUGUCUACGAUGAGGAGAUUGGCUACUGCCAGGGUCAGUCAUUUCUUGCUGCUGUCCUGCUGUUGCAUAUGCCUGAGGAACAAGCCUUUUGUGUGUUGGUGAAAAUCAUGUUUGAGUAUGGCCUGAGAGCUCUCUACAAAAACAACUUUGAAGAUCUUCACUGCAAGUUUCAUCAGCUUGAGAAGCUCAUGCAGGAACAACUACCUGAUCUGUGGGCCCAUUUCCAAGAACUAAACCUGGAGGCUCACAUGUAUGCCUCCCAGUGGUUUCUCACCCUCUUCACGGCCAAGUUCCCCCUUUGCAUGGUUUUCCACAUCACUGAUCUUCUGCUUUGUGAGGGUCUUAACAUCAUCUUCAAUGUUGCCUUGGCUCUGCUCAAGACUUCCAAAGAGGAUCUCUUGCAGGCAGACUUUGAAGGGGCUCUCAAAUUCUUCAGAGUACAACUCCCUAAACGUUACAGAGCUGCAGAGAACGCAAGAAGACUGAUGGAACAAGCUUGCAACAUAAAGGUUCCAACCAAGAAGCUCAAGAAGUUUGAGAAAGAAUAUCAGACGUUGAGAGAAAGCCAGCUCCAGCAAGAGGACCCCAUUGACCGAUACCAGAGGGAGAACCGUCGUCUUCAGGAGGCUAGUAUGCGGUUAGAACAAGAAAAUGACGACUUGGCCCAUGAACUGGUCACCAGUAAGAUUGCCCUAAGGAAUGACCUUGACCAGGCGGAAGACAAGGCUGAUGUUUUGAACAAAGAGUUGCUUAGCACAAAGCAGCGUCUGGUAGAGACGGAGGAGGAGAAGAGACGCCAGGAGGAGGAGACUGCUCAGCUUAAGGAAGUGUUCCGGAGGGAGUUGGAGAAAGCCGAGUUGGAAAUUAAGAAAACCACAGCCAUCAUAGCCGAGUACAAACAGAUCUGUUCCCAGCUUAGCACAAGGUUGGAAAAGCAGCAGGCAGCAUCAAAGGAGGAGCUGGACAUUGUUAAGAGUAAAGUAACAGGUUGUGAGCACUGCAGAGACCUGUUCAGCACCCUGGGGUCCCUCCAAGUGUCAUCUCCGGGCCGCGACAAUGCCACAUCCGAACCGCCGGACGAGGAAAAAGACGGACUGAAGGAGCAGCUCAGGCAGAUGGAACUGGAGCUGGCGCAGACCAAAUUGCAGCUAGUGGAGGCAAAGUGUCGCAUUCAGGAGCUGGAACACCAGCGAGGAGUCUUGAUGAACGAGAUCCAGGCGGCCAAGAACUCUUGGUUCAGCAAAACGCUUAGUUCUCUCAAGAGCUCCGCCUCCUCUUCAUCCACAUCAUCGUCCCCAAGCCCGUCAUCCUCAAAGGAAGGCCCGCCAGCCUAG